AUGGUACUAGCACUAGAAAGAGAGGACAGGACGGAGCGUAAAGGAAAGCUGAAAAGAUGUUACUCAGCAUGUAGUAUUGGACAAAGGUGUAUCAAAUUAAACGGAGAACAAGAGCCCGAAUUAAAUGAUUUAUUUAAUCCACCUUAUAGAGUGGAGAGACAAGGUUCGGCCAGGGCUCCCAGUCCACCCCCAGGCGAACAAGAGGAAGAAAUUCCACAAGUUAUUUAUAAAGAAAGCCAAACACCCGGUGCCACACAAGGAAACACAAAAACUGCCAUUAUGGCUCCAAAUAGUCUGGUGUCUUCACGCACCAGACAGAAGUCUAUUUUACAGGCACCCCUCCGAGAAGCCAUAAAUCCGGACGGAGGAACAAUGAAAAUAAACGUUCCGUUCACGGGCGCUGAUCUGAGAGAAUGGAAAGAGGCUGCCCGAGAAUACCGUAAUGAUCCGAUAAAGACGGCACAGAAUUUUAAAUUUCUAAUAAAACAGCACAAUCCUGACUGGAGUGAUAUACAAUUAUUAUUAGAUUGUUUGACUGAAACUGAAAAACAAUUAGUCAUAAAAACAGCGGGGGAUCUCGCAAAGGAACAUUAUAAUAUAAAGGGAGAUAAUUAUAGAGAAUGGUUUCCUUUGUUGGACCCGGAAUGGGACCCAAACCGAGCCGCUGAAAUGGGAAGAUUACAGGCAUACCAGGAAUGGAUAUUCAGAGGAAUGGAGAAAGCAAUUCCUAGAACAAUAAAUUGGGCAGCGUUAUAUGAGGUCAGACAGGGUCCUUCUGAAACACCUUCAGAAUUCUUAGACAGAAUAAGAGAUGCAAUGCGCCGGCACACGUCUCUGGACCCAAAUUCGGAGUUAAUAAAAUUAAAAUUAGGAGAAGAACAGGAGGAGGUGGAAUUUUUAAUAGACACAGGAGCCACCUAUUCGGUUUUGAACCAGGCUUUAAUGCCUUUGGGAAAUGAUUAUGUUUCAGUAAAAGGUGCAACUGGCCAAACUGAAAAGGCUUAUUUUUGUAAACCUUUAAAAUAUAAGUUGGGAAAACAGAUGGGGAUCCAUAAAUUCCUAUAGCCAAAUUCCCCAAAGGCCCUUCUUGGUAGGGACUUAUUAGAACAAUUGGAGGCAACAAUCAAAUUUAAAAAAGGGGAAGUUACUCUGGAGGUAAAUAAUCAUCAAUACAUACAGGUUAUGAGCCUAUCUCUGGCCAAUACUCCUAUAAAAAGGGAAAUUGAUACCAGAAUUAUUGAUCAGGUAUAUCCCGGAGUAUGGGCAAUUGACAUACCGGGACGUGCCAAGAAUGCAUCACCCGUAAUAGUAAAACUGAAGGAAGGGCAGAGUGCGGUAAGAAUUAAACAAUACCCACUGAAAAGGGAAGAUAGGGAAGGAAUUCGUCCAAACAUAGAGCGAUUCAUAGAACUAAAACUACUAAAAGAAUGUGAGUCAGAAUUUAACACACCUAUCCUCCCAGUUAAAAAACCUGAUGGGUCUUAUAGGAUAGUUCAAGAUUUAAGGGCCAUUAACAAAAUAACAGAGGAUCUGUAUCCUGUAGUAGCUAACCCCUAUACCUUACUAACCACCCUGACACCUGACCUAGCUUGGUUCACAGUUUUAGACUUAAAAGAUGCCUUCUUUUGCCUCCCUCUCCACGAAGCCAGCCAAAGAAUUUUUGCUUUUGAAUGGGAAAAUCCCAGAAGCGGUCGAAAGACCCAGCUCACAUGCACGGUGUUGCCACAGGGGUUUAAAAAUAGCCCCACAAUUUUUGGAAACCAAUUAGCAAAGGAUUUGGAGUUAUGGGAACCACCGUCAGAAGAAGGGAAAGUGUUACAAUAUGUAGACGAUCUUCUUAUUGCAACCAGAACCGAAGAAUCUUGUAUUAUUUGGACUGUGAGUUUGCUGAACUUUCUGGGACUACAAGGAUAUUGAGUUUCUAAGAAGAAGGCACAGGUGGUGUUACAACAGGUCACAUACCUAGGGUACGAGAUCAGUGCCGGACAACGGGUCCUGGGGAAGGCCCGAAAAGAAGCCAUAUGCCAAGCCCCCCGACCACGAACUGUAAAGGAACUGCAGACAUUUCUGGGAAUGACAGGAUGGUGCCGGCUUUGGAUAUGUAAUUAUGGCUUGCUUGUUAAACCAUUAUAUUCCCUGAUAGCAGCUAAUCAGAAGGAUCUUCAGUGGGAUGCUGAAUCAGACAGAGCUUUCCAUGAACUGAAGAAAGCCUUGAUGUCGGCACCAGCACUAGGACUUCCUGAUGUGAGUAAGCCAUUUUUCCUAUUUUCCCAUGAGAAACAGGGAAUGGCAUUAGGAAUACUGGCACAAGAUUUGGGACCAUACAGACGGGCAGUGGCAUACUUCUCUAAACAGCUGGAUGCCACUGCAAAAGGAUGGCCUGGUUGCCUGAGAGCAGUAGCAGCUGUUAUCCUAAACAUCCAAGAGGCCCGGAAGUUUACCCUGGGCCAGAAAAUGACUGUCUUAGUAUCCCACACAGUGUCUGCAGUCCUUGAAACAAAAGGGGGGCAUUGGCUCUCCCCACAGAGAUUCCUAAAAUACCAGGCCAUAAUGGUGGAACAAGAUGAUGUUGAGAUCGUGACUACAAACAUCGUCAAUCCGGCCUCAUUUCUUAAUGGGAAUAUCGGAGAAUCAGUCGAUCAUGACUGUCUAGAAACAAUCGAAGCCACUUAUUCUAGUCGGACAGAUCUCAAGGAUGUUCCUAUUAAUGGAGCUGAACAUUGGUUUACGGAUGGGAGCAGCUAUAUGCUGAAUGGAAAGCGACAUUCUGGAUAUGCUGUUACAACCUCUGAAGAAGUGAUAGAAUCGGGGCCGCUACCGGCUGACACUUCGGCACAGAAGGCUGAAAUCAUAGCCCUUACUCGAGCUCUGGAGAGAGCUCGGGGAAAACCUAUAAAUAUUUGGACUGAUUCUAAAUAUGCCUUUGGAGUGAUAUUUGGCUGUGAUUGGAACCUAACGUUGAGUUCAAAUAAACAGUUACAACUACAGUAUAUUCCCAAAAGUGAUUUGAUACAGUGA